ACUUCCCUAAACCUCAGCCCAGGGAGCUGCGGCUCUCCUCCGCCUCUUGCUUUGGGUGUCAACGACUACGUCACAGAAAAUCUGACCAAUGAGAAUUAGGUAUGGGCGUUGAGUUCAGCCAAUGGGAACAGAGCGGGAGAUUUGAAAGUGUCCUCGCAGGGGAGCGGCCAGGCAGGUUCAGUAGUUUGCUGGCGACGGGGAGAGUUGCAGUGCCACCGGCUCCAGCUCUCCUUCCCCUUUCUUCUCUAAGGAUGGCCCAGAAGGAGAACGCCUACCCCUGGCCCUACGGCCGGCAGACGUCUCAAUUGGGCCUGAACACCCUGCCCCAGAGAGUCCUCCGGAAGGACCCUGCCACUCCUGCACUUGUCCUCAUGAACCACACCAAUGGCCAGCCCACAGCUGCUCCUGGCCAGAAGGCAGUGGAGAAUAGCACUGGGGCCCCCAACUUCAUCAGGCGGCCCCUCACAAUUGAUGACUUUGAGAUUGGGCGUCCUCUGGGCAAAGGCAAAUUUGGAAAUGUAUACUUGGCUCGGGAGAAGAAAAGCCAUUUCAUCGUGGCGCUCAAGGUCCUUUUCAAGUCUCAGAUUGAGAAGGAAGGUGUGGAGCACCAGCUGCGCAGGGAGAUCGAGAUCCAGGCCCACCUACAGCAUCCCAACAUCCUGCGACUCUACAACUACUUCUAUGACCGGAGGAGGAUUUACUUGAUUCUGGAGUAUGCCCCUCGCGGGGAGCUGUACAAAGAGCUACAGAAGAGCCGCACUUUUGAUGAGCAGCGAACAGCCACGAUCAUGGAGGAGUUGUCGGAUGCUCUGAUAUACUGCCAUGGGAAGAAGGUGAUUCACAGAGACAUAAAACCUGAGAAUCUGCUCUUAGGGCUCCAGGGAGAGCUGAAGAUUGCUGACUUCGGUUGGUCUGUGCAUGCCCCCUCCCUGAGGAGGAAGACAAUGUGUGGCACCCUGGACUACCUGCCCCCAGAGAUGAUCGAGGGACGUAUGCACAAUGAGAAGGUGGAUCUGUGGUGCAUUGGUGUACUCUGCUAUGAGCUGUUGGUGGGGAACCCACCCUUUGAGAGUGCCUCCCACAAUGAGACUUACCGACGGAUUGUCAAGGUGGACCUGAAGUUCCCUCCUUCUGUGUCCCAGGGGGCCCAGGACCUCAUCUCCAAGCUACUCAAGCAUAACCCCUCUGAACGGCUGCCCCUGGCCCAGGUCCUAACCCACCCUUGGGUCCGGGCCCACUCAAAGAGGGUACUGCCUCCCUCUGCCCCUCAGCCUACCCCCUGACUGCCCCUGUCAUUUACUUAGUUGUAUCUGUGUAUAUGUCUGUAUAUGUGUAGGAGGAAGGUCGGGCGUGGCCUAUUCCUUUAUCUGUCUUCUACCUCCUUUUAUUUAAUAAAGUCUGGAGCUUUUUGUACUGAUGAA